UCAUCCCAUACUAAAUGGGACAAAAUUAAAACUGGAAAGAAACAUGAGAAAUCAUCCAAACAUAGCUCUUCUCCUACUAAGUGUGAUACAACUCAAGCUAAAAUGAAACCAUAUGAAUGUAAUGAAUGUGGGAAGGUUCUCAGCCAUAAACAAGGACUCAUUGACCAUCAGAGAAUUCAUACUGGGGAGAAACCAUAUGAAUGUAAUGAAUGUGGGAUAGCCUUUAGCCAAAAGUCACACCUUGUUGUACAUCAGAGAACUCACACUGGAGAAAAACCAUAUGAAUGUAUUCAGUGUGGCAAAGCCCAUGGUCAUAAACAUGCUCUCACCGACCAUCUAAGAGUUCAUACUGGGGAAAAGCCCUAUGAAUGUACUGAAUGUGGGAAAACCUUCAGACACAGCUCAAAUCUUAUUCAACAUGUGAGAUCUCAUACAGGUGAAAAGCCCUAUGAAUGUAAGGAAUGUGGUAAAUCCUUUAGGUAUAACUCAUCUCUUACGGAACAUGUGAGAACUCAUACAGGUGAAAUACCGUAUGAAUGUAAUGAAUGCGGAAGAGCCUUUAAAUAUAGCUCAUCCCUUACUAAACACAUGAGAAUUCAUACAGGUGAGAAACCCUUUGAAUGUAAUGAAUGUGGGAAAGCUUUCAGCAAGAAGUCACACCUCAUUAUACAUCAAAGAACUCAUACUAAAGAGAAACCCUAUAAAUGUAAUGAAUGUGGAAAAGCCUUUGGACAUAGCUCAUCUCUUACUUACCACAUGAGAACUCAUACGGGUGAAAGUCCCUUUGAAUGUAAUCAAUGUGGGAAGGCCUUUAAACAAAUCGAAGGCCUCACUCAGCAUCAGAGAGUUCAUAGUGGAGAGAAACCAUAUGAAUGUAAUGAAUGUGGGAAAGCCUUUAGCCAAAAGUCACACCUCAUUGUACAUCAGAGAACUCACACUGGGGAGAAACCCUAUGAAUGUAACGAAUGUGGAAAAGCCUUUAAUGCAAAGUCACAACUUGUUAUACAUCAGAGAUCCCACACUGGAGAGAAACCUUAUGAAUGUAACAAAUGUGGGAAAGCCUUCAAACAAAAUGCAUCCCUUACCAAACAUGUGAAAACUCAUUCAGAAGAGAAAUCUCAUGAGUGAAAUAAAUGUGGGAAAUCUUUUAACUUAACUAAAGACCCAGACUCUGAAGGCCAUCGUUUUUUUUUAUCCCCUCCCUACUCACCCAAGCUAUCUUUACAGAUAUCUGCCCCUUUUGAAGAGCAACAGAAAAUGACCAAGUCUCAGGGGUUUGUGUCAUUCAAGGAUGUGACUGUGGACUUCACUCAGGAAGAGUGGCAGCAGCUGAACUCUGCUCAAAGAAACCUGUACAGGGAUGUGAUGCUAGAGAACUAUAGCAACCUUGUUUCAGUGGGGUAUCAGUCUCUGAAGUCAGAUAAAAUCUUCUUGUUGAAGCAAGGAGAACCAUGGAUGAAGGAAGGAAAAAUCUCAACUUGGGCCUAUCCAGACUUUGAGAUUAGACCGAAAAUGAAAGAAUUAACUCCACAGAAGAACAUUUCUGAAGAAGUGAUACUCCAUAACAUGAUAGUAUACUCAAUUUUUAAAGACUGGAAACUUGGAGUUGAGAUAAAUAACCAGGAGAAACAAGACAAGUUUUUGAAUCAAGUUCCAUUCAUUAACAGUGAGUCACUGAUUAAGGAGACAGACAAUGAACGUAAUACACUGGGGAAAGUAUUUCAUCUGAACGUAACAUCUAAUGAACACAUCAGAGCCUUCAUGCAGAAGUCACACCUCUUUGCACAACCAAAAAUUCUAACCAGUGAGAAAUCGUAUAAAUGUAUUCAGUGUGGAAAAGCCUUUAGUGGAAAGUCAGGACUCAUUGUACAUCAGAGAAUUCAUACUGGGGAGAAACCAUAUAAAUGCAAUGAAUGUGAAAAAGCCUUUGUUCAGAAGGCACAACUCACUGUACAUCAGAAAACUCAUACAGGAGAGAAACCUUAUGAAUGUUGUGAAUGUGAGAAAGCCUUCAUCCAGAAGUCAAAUCUCAUUGUUCAUCAGAGGAUUCACACAGGGGAGAAACCCUAUGAAUGCAAUGAAUGUGGGAAAGCUUUCAUCAAAAAGUCAAUACUUAGUGUACAUCAAAGAACUCAUACUGGGGAGAAACAAUAUGAAUGCAGUGAAUGUGGUAAAGCCUUCAUCUGGCCAUCUCAGCUCACUGUACAUCGGAGAAUUCAUACAGGAGAGAAACCCUAUAGAUGUAACGAAUGUGGGAAAGCCUUUAUCUGGCAGUCACAGUUCAUUGAACAUCAGAGAAUUCAUACCGGGGAGAAACCCUACGAAUGCAGUGAAUGCAGGAAAGCUUUUAUCAAAAAAUCACAACUCACUGUGCAUCAGAGAAUUCAUACUGGGUCUAAACCAUAUGAAUGCACUGAGUGUGGAAAAGCUUUUAAUAAGAAGUCACACCUCACUGUACAUCAUAGAAUACAUACUGGAGAGAAACCCUAUAAAUGCAAGAAACAUGAAUGUAAGCUUUGUGGAAAAACCUUCAGCCGGAACGCUAAUCUUACUCAACAUCAAAGAAUGCACACUGGAGAUAAACCUUAUGGAUGUAAUGAAUGUGGAAAAGCUUUUAGUCAGAGCACUAACCUAAUUCAACAUCAAAGAGUCCAUACUGGGGAGAAACCUUAUGAAUGUAAUGAAUGUGAAAAAACCUUUAGUCAUAGGUCCUCCCUUCGAAAUCAUGAGAGAAUUCAUACUGGAGAAAAACCCUAUCCUUGUAAUGAGUGUGGGAAAGCUUUCAGCCAUAUUUCUGCCCUUACUCAACAUCACAGAAUUCAUACUGGAAAGAAACCAUAUACAUGUAUUGAAUGUGGGAAAACUUUCAGCCGGAGCACACAUCUCAUUGAGCAUCGGGGAAUUCAUUCUGGGGAGAAAUCCUACCAGUGUAAGGAAUGUCAGAAAGUUUUUUGCCACAGCACAUCACUAAUUCGACAUCAGAGAACUCACACAGGAGAAAAGCCCUAUGAAUGUAAUGAAUGUGGGAAAGCCUUCAGCCAUACCCCAGCCUUCAUCCAACAUCAGAGGAUUCACACUGGAGAGAAACCCUACGAGUGUAAUGAAUGUGGAAAGGCCUUCAACCGGAGUGCACAUCUUGUACAACACCAGAGAACUCAUACUGGAGAGAAACCUUAUGUCUGUAAGGAAUGUGGAAAAACUUUCAGCCGAAGUACACACCUUACUGAACAUCUGAAAGUUCAUUCUGGUGAGAAACCCUAUCGAUGUAAUGAAUGUCAAAAACUAUUUUGCUAUAGAACAUCACUAAUUCGACAUCAGAGAACUCAUACAGGAGAGAAACACUACCAAUGUAAUGAAUGUGGGAAAGCCUUCAGUUUAAGAUCAGCCCUUACUAAACAUAAGCAAACACAUACUGGGAAGAAACCUUAUCAAUGUAAUCAAUGUGGUGAUGUUUUUUGUCAUAGUACAUCUUUAAUUCAACAUCAGAGAACUCAUUUAAAAAAUAAAUCCUAUCAAAGUAAUGAAUGUGGGGAAACCUGUAGCCAUAGGUCAUCACUUACACCUGAGCACUCACACAGUGGCAAGAAACCCUAGGAUUGUUAUGCAAGAAAAACUUUAGGCAGAAUACUCAUUCAUUCAAUAUUACAAUGUUUGUGCUGAGAAGAAACACUGUUCUUGUAAUUAAUCUGAAAAAUGUGUUAUCAUUGAGAGAAAGACUUACAGUGAAACUAUUCAUCUCCAAAACUGAAGUUUGCUUUUUGAUAUAUAUUUAGAAAAUUAUUUUCAGAGAUAAUUUAUUCCAAAUGCAUAUGUUUGCUUAUAAAAUCCUUUUCAGGUACACAAAUGUUUUAGCUGGAUGAUGAAAUUACUGUGUACAUAAUCUUUAUCUUUUUAGUAAUUCCCAUGUUAUUUAUCAAUGUUAAGGAAACAUUUUUAUAGAGGCUUUGAAUUUUUAAAAUUGACAAAUUUGAUUAAUAGCCAUAAACACAUAUAUAAUAUGCAUUAUUUCCUAAUAUUCAUAGAACAUUUUUUAAAAUGGACUACAGAUGGCUAUAAAGAAAACCUCAACUUAUUUUCCUAGAGGAAAAUAGUCAAGCCCUCCCUGUUAUAUCUUUACCAUGAUGAGGUAACAGUAGAAAUGAACAACUAAAAAUAGCACCACAAAAUUAUUUAGAAAAUAAAAAAUAAUUUUGUAAGUAGUUUUCGGGUUAAAGAAUAAAUCCAAACAAAAAAAAUGCAGUUAUUAGAAAAUAAUAAAGCUAGAACAUAAAUUAAUCAUUCAACUAAAAAAGAUAGGAAACAGAAUAAUAAUAUUAACCAAAAGAAAAUAAAAGGAAUGCAUUAAUAAAGAUAAAAGCACACAUUAUUGAAAUAGGUGCAAAGAGUACAUUUGAUAAGCCAAUAGACAAAGUUCUUGCAAGUAGGUCAAUGGGAAAAAAAGAGCAAACACAAUAUCCAGGAGUAAGAAAAGGAAUAUAAAUACAGAUAAAAAGGAAGUUAAAAUGUUUAAUUAGGUCAUUAACAUAUCAAAUGUAUCAGUUUAGUAAAAUUAGUAUUCAGAUUUAUCAUGAUUUUCAGGCUACUUCAAAAGUAUAAAUGUACAUUAAUUAAGGAAGAAUAUAUCUUCAUGCUGUAAAAGUAUUUGGUAAAAUGCUAUAGGUGUUAGUGUUUUGUUUUUUUAAAGUUAGUAAUAGAAUGAAAGUUCCUUAAAUUGAUAAAGGAUAUUUACCAGAAACCUACAGUAAAUACAGUGAAUAAAUAGAGGCAUUCUUACCAGAGACAGGAAUGAGACAAAUGAUGUUUAAUGUUACCACUAUUAGUCAACAUUGUACCUAAGGUCCCAGAUAAUUCAAUAAGAGAAAAAAUGAACCAGUAAUAUUUGAAAGGAAGAGAAAAAAACUGACAUCAUUUUGUAUGAUAUGUUUCAUAAAUAGAAAAUCUAACUAGUAGAACUACUAAGAUGGAAAUUAUAUACAUAUAUAUGUCAACAAUACACAAGUUAAAAGCUUUCUUAAAUAGAAGAAAUCGAAAAUAAAAUGGAAAAAGUGAGCCACAAUCUUGACAAAAAUUCUAAAAAUAAAAAACUUUGG